AUGGCGCCCAAGGCCGAGAAGAAGCCCACCGCGGAGAAGAAGCCGGUGGAGACGGAGAAGAAGCCCAAGGCCGAGAAGCGCGUGCCCGGCAAGGACGGCGGCGCCGGCGCCGACAAGAAGAAGAAGAAGGCCAAGAAGAGCGUCGAGACCUACAAGAUCUACAUCUUCAAGGUCCUGAAGCAGGUGCACCCCGACAUCGGCAUCUCCUCCAAGGCCAUGUCCAUCAUGAACUCCUUCAUCAACGACAUCUUCGAGAAGCUCGCUGGCGAGUCGGCCAAGCUGGCUCGCUACAACAAGAAGCCCACCAUCACCUCCCGGGAGAUCCAGACCGCCGUGCGCCUCGUCCUCCCCGGCGAGCUCGCCAAGCACGCCGUCUCCGAGGGCACCAAGGCCGUCACCAAGUUCACCUCCUCUUAG